AAACAAAAAAAAAAUGUCAAUUUUCCCUCUCCUUCCUCCUCAACAUCAAUUAUUAUUUGCAACCACAUAAUUUUCCUUGGUGUCAAACUUAAUUCCAUUUCUCAAUUAAAAAAUCCAGAUAUCUCGGAGUUUUGCCUCCCUAGCCCAAAUAUCCUCAUUUCCCUCUUUUCUCCCCUUUCUCUGUUUGCUUACUCAUACAACACUCAUACAACACUAUAGAUCCAUCAUAUAUGAUAUAACACACAAUAAAUACAAACAAAACCGUCUCAAAUUAGUCUCUUUUAUCACAUUUAUAAUUUCUGAUCCUUCCUUUUACUUUAAUCACAUUUCAGUUCAUACAAACAAGCUUCAAAUUUUAGCAAGAUUAAUACUUUAUACUACAUUAUUUUUAUGGUUUUAUGAGGUUUUAAGAUCUGAAAAAGGGUUUAAUUUAAAUCAAUGGAGUUGCAAAUGUUUGAAAGUAAAUUUCUAACCUUUUCUAAAGAGGUUGGGUUUAGAAAUUCUUACCCUAGUUCUCUUAUUGGGGUACCUUCAUAUCCUAAGUCCUCUUCUUGUAAAGUAAUUUGUUCAAGGGCAACAAAUUCAACUACUAGUAACAAAGUAGUAGCUUCAAGGUUGCUUUUGGAAAGUAAGAUUAAUGGGAUAAAUGAAGUAAUUUCAAGAACUUUGGAGUGUUUUGAUGAUGAGUAUGGAGGAGUCAUUGUGAACCCAGAAAAAUUGCCCACUAAUCCAAAUGUUUUUGCUUCUUUACUUCAAUCAUCACUUUCUCAAUGGACAAUUAAGGGCAAGAAAGGAAUUUGGCUUAAAUUGCCUUCAGAAUAUUCAGAUCUUGUACCAAUUGCAGUAAAGGAAGGGUUCCAAUAUCAUCAUGCAGAAAGCGGGUAUGUAAUGUUAACUUAUUGGAUUCCUGAAGGGCCUUGUAUGUUACCGGCCAAUGCUUCACAUCAAGUAGGGGUUGGAGGAUUCGUUAUCAACGACAACAAUGAGGUUCUCGUUGUGCAAGAGAAGUAUUGUGCUCCACCCUUUGUUGGCUUUUGGAAGAUACCUACCGGUUUCAUUCAUGAGUCAGAGGAGAUAUACACUGGUGCUGUUAGAGAAGUCAAGGAAGAAACUGGGAUUGAUGCCGAGUUUGUAGAAGUAAUUGCUUUCAGGCACGCUCAGAACGUGGCUUUUGAAAAGUCGGAUUUGUUUUUCAUCUGCAUGCUAAAGCCUCUUACAACUCAAAUAACGGUGGAUGAUCACGAAAUUGUAGCUGCCAAGUGGAUGCCUUUGGUUGAGUUUGUAAAGCAACCAUGGAUCCAAGAAGAUAGCAUGCUCAAGAAAGUGACCGACAUUUUUAUCGCAAAAUUGGGUAAGAAAUACUGUGGACUGUACGCGCAUCACUUGAUUUCCAAAUUCGAUGAUCGAUUAUCCACAUUGUAUUAUAAUGUCGUCAACACCCAAGAGUCCAAUUGUUUCGGAAGCUCAUAAGUCCAAGGUCGAGUACACUAACUUCACAUGAUCGAAACUCCUUCAAGUUUCGUUCCAGCUAUGUUAAUGUGGACACGAGGCAGAUGAAGCUUUCGGGUUUGGCAUAUAUGCUAAAUCGAUAAAAAUGUCGACUUGUAUGUAGAAGAUAUUCUGAAAUACUUCCAAGUAAAUUUCCACUUAGAUGAAGUAUCAUAUAUGAAAAGUGGUAUUAUCAGAUGGAUAUAUAUUACUGUAUUGUGUAUCAUGUAGAUAUGAAUAUGUAUAUAUGAGUAUAUGACCCAUUUCCUUUUGUUUGUUACUAAA